AUGUCUGACCAUACGAGAGAUCCUUGCCCGAUCGUGAUCGUUAGUGAUUUUGGAGGUGCCUUUGCUAUGGGUGCCUUUGGUGGUUUGAUCUGGCACGGUAUCAAGGGUUUCCGUAACUCUCCAUAUGGAGAAAGAGCAUACGGAGCCUUUGCCGCCAGUAGGACCAGAGCACCCGUUGUCGGAGGUAACUUCGGUGUAUGGGGAGGCCUUUUCUCCACAUUCGACUGUGCCGUCAAAGGUGCCAGAAAGAAGGAAGAUGCAUGGAACGCCAUCAUUGCUGGUUUCUUCACCGGUGGUGCUUUGGCUAUCAGAGGAGGCUGGAAGGCCACGAGAAACUCUGCCAUCACCUGUGCCUGUUUCUUGGGUAUUAUCGAGGGUGCUGGUAUGAUGUUGCAAAGGGCCAUGGCGCAGCCCAACAUAGCGCCCAACUAUGGCGAGGAGCCCAUGGCUGCUUGA